GGUAGGAAGGCGCGUGCGUGCGUGUGUCCGUGGUGCCGUUGUCCGUCGUACGAUUGUUCCGGUGUUGUGUGUCGGCCGCGGUUCGGUUUCGGGAACCGCGAUCGGUGGUGCGCAGGGACGCCGGCGAACGGCGAAAAAUCGUAAUCGCUGAUACGCGCGUUGUAGUGACCGUAGUACCCGUGCGAACGUGGUAAUAAUGGUGAGCAGCGGUGUAGGCCGCAGUAACAACAACAACAAUAACAACAACAACAACAACAACGACGACGAAUACGGCGGCGGCGGUGAUAUGCACGACGGGUGUUCGGCCGAUUCGUUGGACGUGCGCAGCAUCGAGGACCAACGGUACAAGCCGCUGCUGGAGGCCAUCAAGAGCGGUGACUACGACGAGUUCGAGAGCGCGGUGGACAAAUGCGGUGGCGAGGCGCUGAGCUUCCGAGACGAAUGGGGCUACACACCCGCGCACUGGGCAGCGCUCUGCGGCAACGCCGAGGUGCUCCGGUACCUGGUGGCCAGGGGCGUAACCGUGGACAUGUCGUGUUACGGCAUCCAGGGCUCCAAGCCCGUGCACUGGGCGUGCCGGAAGGGCCACACGGCCGCCGUGCAAGUGCUGUUGCAGGCCGGAGUGAACCCGAACGUUUCGGACUUCAAAGGCCUCACGCCCCUGAUGACGGCCAGCAUGUUCGGCAAAACGUCCACGGCGAGUUUUCUGCUGGGCAUGGGCGCCUUGCACCAUCUGACCGACAUCAACGGCGAUACCGCGCUGCACUGGGCCUCGUACAAGGGACAUCCCGACCUGAUCCGGUUGCUGCUGUACUCCGGUGCCGACCUGACGAAAGCCGAUAAUUUCGGGUCCACGCCGUUGCACUUGGCCGCGUUGUCGGGAAACGCGAAGUGCGUCAAGAUACUGUGUCAGAACAGCCAGAUAUCGCUGCAGCCCCGAGACAAGAACGGUAAAACUCCACUGGGCCUAGCCGUCAACCACAGGUACGAAGAUAUUGCCGGGCUGUUAAACAGCGAGAUCAAGAAGAGAAAGAAAUGGAUGAUACCUCUCCACAAAGCGUUCAACGCGAUUUUCGGCAGUUCCGCGUAUUCCAAAGGACCACUGUUGCUCUUUCUGUGUUCAUUCCUGUUAUGGUGGUAUCCUCUUUACGUUUACAGAGUGAUACCCGUCACAUGGAACUUGACCCGGGGUUGUCACUACACGUACUUGGCGUGGAACGUUUUCAUGUGGAUAUGCUGGCUGACGACGAAACAUUCUGACCCCGGAUACCUGCCCAUCGAUUCCGGCAGCUAUAUUCAAACUAUACGACAGCUACCUUUCUACCCUUGCGACAUGGGCACCAAGCGGGACAUACUAUCCAGACUUUGUCACACGUGCCGUUGCGUGAGGCCCCUACGUGCUAAACACUGCAGGCUGUGCAACAGGUGCGUCGAGCAUUUCGACCAUCAUUGUCAAUUCGUCACCAACUGCAUCGGUCUCGGAAACAGGUCGUGGUUCUUUUGGUUCGUUAUCAGUCUAGCCAUGAACUGUUCGUACGUCAUUUACUUGGUGUGCUGCACGAUAAACGUAGAUGGAUUUAACGUUUUCUACGUCCUGGCGCUCCUGCAAGCAAUCGCUUUCGGCCUUCUGAGCUGGGCUUUGACCGCGACCAUCUGCGUGAACGCGUUGAUGAACUUGACCAGGAACGAGAUGAUCAACCAUAAGAAGUAUAUGUACCUGAAGAACAGCCGAGGCAAGUACCACAAUCCGUUCUCCAGAGGGAUCGUGAUCAACGUGUUAGAAUUCUUUGGGUGCACGCAAAACAAGAUCAGCUACGAAGGCGACAGAUACGGUUACGAUUGAGCGGUUAUAAUAUUACGCAUGUUAUAUGUACAUUGCAUUUAUAUAUGAUUAUGUAUAAACUGCCGUCAUUUUGCACACACACACAUAUAAACACAUACAUACACGUACACACAUACUACAUAUUUUCUACGCGACAAAAUUUCGACUUUGAUCGAUAAUACGAAAACGAAUCGAAGUACAUUACGAUAUAUGUAUAUAUUUAUAAUAUUUAAAAUUGAUCUUUCUGCUGUGCAAUACGACGUAGAACCGCAUUGUUUUCUACUGUACGAAUAUAUGUUAUGCAUAUAUAUAUAUAUAUAUAUAUAUAUAUAUACAUGAUUUUGCCUUUAAAAUUUCCGCACGUUUAUCGUCGUCAUACAAAGUAUUUUAUUUUUUAUAUAAAUCGUCUAAGCAAACAAUAGCGAUAAUAUUAUUACAUACGUCACCCACGAGGAUAGCAGAUGUAACUAUUUACACGUAUCUGCAUCGGCAACAUUUGAUACGAAGACCUUGUAUAAUAAUUAUAUGUAUUCUUUGUUAUAGUAUUUUUUAUAUUAAAUUGAUAUUAAUUAUUAUUAUAACUAUACUAUACUAUAUGAAAACCAUAUGUGUAUAAAAUUUAUUUUGCUACGUUGAACUACUUUUAACUGCGAAUUUGUUUUUGUCUGUUUUUUCCUCGCAUAUAAAUAUAUAUAACUUAUCAUUUAUUCGUUAACAUAACUGCACACACGAACGUCCAUACACACACAUUAAUAUAUUUAUAUGUCCUGGAUCACGAAUACGAUGUGUACGAUGAGAUUUCAUUUUUUUUUCCCCCCGUUCUAUUCUCUCCCUAACUUCAAUCACGGUUCGCGUUCGUCGCGCGAACGAGCUACGAUGAGGACGACGACAACAAUGAGCUGUGUUCGGCUAAAGCACUACCUAGCUAUAACCACAACCGCUGAUAUACCUGUUUUACUUUUCAAACCAAAAGUAGCUGCUACCACCUAUUUGGUCAUUCAACCACCGUAAUGGACUAUCCGUGCGUUUACGCUCAUUUCGUAUACUUUCUACUGCACAGAAUACUCACGGCCUAUACCGAGUAACUACUGCGUGCACAAUAAACAUACAUAUAAUUCAUACGACCAUUUGCAUACAAUAAAACGUGCGUUCACAGUGUACUAGAUAUGCGUGCGUGUGUGUGUGUGUGUGUGUGUGUGUGUAAUAGUAUAAUAUACUUACAUACCGCGUACAGCAGAUUCACGUAUUAUUUAUUUUUUUUUCUCAACGUUUACGCAUCGCGGAUACAACUAUCCUAUUAUAAUAUUAAUAUAUUUUAUCGUACAUGUAUAUAUAUAUAUAUAUAUAUAUUUACGAAGCACGUGUAGUUAAGUACCAGCUGCAAUUAUGGUGUAUAGGAAGAGAAAAAAAUUAGGAGAAACAUUUACAAAACAAAACUCACUUUUUGUGCGAUUUGUAUUUUUAUUUUUAUAUACGUCAAAUCAUAUAUGCAUUAACAUAUACCAUAUAUAUAUUUAUUAAAAUGUAUCGAAAAAAAAAAUAGUUCACAAACGCCGAUUUUGUACGUGUAUUAGUAACGUAUUAGUAUAAAUUAAUAAUAAUAAUUAUUCAAUUAAACGUAUUAUAUAAAAUAAAUUAAUAUUUGCUCAACACUUUGAGCAUACUUCCGUGGCACAUUUUUACAAGAAUUUCUAUAUCAUAAGCACUAUAUACGUGUAUAUUAUAUCAAGUGUAAUUUAUUAUGGCGAACACUUUUGCCCGAUUGAAGACAAUGGAGUAUAGAUUUAUUGGCCGCAGUAGUAUACACAAUGGCUAAAAUAAUCACUCUCGGGUUGUGUAAUCUAUGAGAUUCGCAUUGCGUUUCACAUGUUUCAACAUAAUAUUAUGUAGAGUGUGAUUCUAUUGUUUCAAGUAUACCUAGUCUGGACCGGACGAGAGCGGUUUUGGCAACAUAUCAUUAUAGAUAAAAAGUGUAAAAAAAAAA